AUGCAGAUCGGGAAACUGGUCCAAUUUCCGUGCUUCGUCUCAUUGAGCGCUUUGAUGAUGAUCAAGCGGAUGAGGAUGGAUGAGUCACGAUUGCGGCGUGGGACCAAGGUGCCAUGGCUGCUCGUGCUGGUGAUGGCACUGGGCCUGAUGGUGGCGGUAGUGCCGGGGGUAUCUGCGGCAGUCGGUACGCAGGGCAUGAGGCAAGAGGAGAGCGUUGACUGCCGUCGCGUCGCUGAGACGCUGAUGUACGCAGCUGCGUUGCAGCCCGAAACCGCCAAGAUGUGGCAGUGGGCCUAUGGCCAAGGCAUCAUGAUGAGCACUGGACUAGAUUUGGCCCAGCACUACGGCUGGACCAACUGGACGACCUUUUUCAACCAGCUUCUAGAUGGCUUUGAGGAGACGCCCGGUCAAGUGGCAAAUAGCGUUUUGAACAAUAUCACUAUGGCCUUUGAUCAUGCCGUCGGUGAUCGGAUCGGCCUGUUCCCCAUUGCCUACCUCACCCGCCAAAGUUAUGGGUUUGGCAACGCAAAUGAUGCCGUUGUCAUUCGCGGCAUCAUCGACGAGUACAUUUUACCGUACCCCUACCGCCUCAACGAUACGGCGCGAUGCUUUUCCCGUUUUGAAGGCUGGUCUGGGCAAGUGAGCAAUGGGCCUUCUUUUGUCUGGGCAGAUGACCAGUUUAUGGGAUUGACAGUCUUAUCGCGCUACGCCAAGGCUACUCAAAGCAAUGAUUUUGUUUCCAUGGCUGCGCACAUGCAGCUGACCUACGCUG